AUGGAUGAAGAAGGUGAAGUGAUCCAGCCCCAAGAGCAGAGCUGCUGGGCCACUCUGCCAGAUGUGUGCCUGCGACGUGUUUUCUGGUGGCUGGGAGACAGGGACAGGUCCAGAGCUGCCCUGGUCUGCAGAAAGUGGAACCAGAUAAUGUACUCAGCUGACCUCUGGCGAUACAGGACCAUCACGUUCAGUGGGAGGCCAUCCAGGGUACAUGCAUCCGAAUUCGAGUCAGCUCUCUGGUACAUUAAAAAAUUUGGCCGCUACCUGGAACACUUGGAAAUCAAGUUUCUGAACCCUUACAAUGCAGUCUUGACCAAGAAGUUCCAGGUCACCAUGCGAGGCCUCCUGUCGUGCCUUGGCAAGAGCAACAACCGUCUAAAGUCACUCUCCAUCCAGCACCUGGAGCUGGACCGACUGGUCUGGAGAAACAGCAUCAGGGGUUCCCUCAUCAAGAGCUUGAGUUUUUUCUUAAAGAAAAUGGGCAAACACCUGGACCAUCUUAGCCUGAAAGGAGCACGGCUGACAGUGGAGCAAGGCUGCCACAUCCUCAACUCCCUGAGCUACCUGCGGAAUGAGAGCACAGCCUCAGAGCUCAACAUUGAAGACUUCUUCAGCCAUCACCUGGCGGUCUAUGGCAGCUCCCAGUUCAACAAGGCCAUGGCCACUUUCCACAACUUGACAUACCUGACACUCAACUACAACUGUAUCUCCGACGAGCUGCUCGAGACCUUGAGUGAGAACAAUGCUGGCACCCUCCGGACCAUGAACAUCAAAUGCCACGUUCAUGACCCCCAUGGACAGAUAGUCUGGGGCAUGUCCUGGGCCAAGCUGGCCAGGCAGGCCAGCAACCUGAAGGUGAACUUCUUCUUUGAGCGAGUGAUGAAGUAUGAGCACCUGGCCCGGAUCUUGCUGCAGGAGAUUCCACUUAGGAGCAUCAGCCUAAGAAGCUGUUAUUUCAGCGACCCAGACUGGUCCAUGCGGCCCACUCUGAUGGAGCUCCUACCCACCUUCCGGAACACCCUGCAGAAGUUAACAUUCGAGUUCAACAAUAACCACGAGUCACUAGAUGAACAGCUGCAUCUCCUCAUCCUGGCCUGCCGGAAGCUGUUUUACUUCAAAAUCUGGGCUUUCCUGGAUGUUAAGUUUGUGGAGCGGAUCCUGAAGAGCCAGGAGGAGGGGCAGUGCUCCCUGCGCACACUAAAGGUGAGAAUUUAUACAAACCGAUAUGAGACAAAUGAAGAGGACAGGACCCUACGUGAAAUUUACCGGAAAUACAGAAAGCUGAUCGAUUCAGAACUUAACUAUUUUGUCAUCGCCUACCCCAUGAUGUAA